AUGAGCUGCCAUUAUAAAGUAACAAUCCCACAUUCUCCGAUUUUUACUUUAUUUUUCUUUAUUAUUAUCUCACUUUCUCCAAAUGCUGCCAAUAUUGUAAAAAUUGCCCAUUUACAGCCAAACAAUCCAGCAAUUGUACACGAACCUCAGGUUUUGAAAAUGUGUUCAAACAACUUGAAGGAACGGAAAAUUCUUCCGGAUGUUAUUAGUUUUGAUGUAUUUACAAUGGAAUCUUGUAACCGCUAUAGUGGAGUGGAACACGCCGCCUACCUUCACUAUGUCCGCAAUGCUAGUGUUUAUUUUGGUCCGGGAUGCAAUAAUGAAAUUUUGGUUAUUGGCAGACUUGUCUCUCGUUGGAAUGUUCCAAUCGUUGCUCACAUGUCUGGAGACGAUGCACUUUCCGAUAGAAGCGUUUUUGACACCUUGAGUUCUGUAGCUCUCACUUCAGCAACAGAAAUGGCUCGUGCUACACUAACUUUUCUUCAACUUUAUGGGUGGAAACAAGUUGGCCUAGUUCGUUCAAAUGUCAACUUUGACCGGUUAUCUCUACAUUCCCUCAAAAAUUAUUUGAAAGAUGCCCAGAUUGAUAUCAACAUUGAAAUUGAAUUGGACCCUUAUAUGACUCCAGACGAGAUUAUUGCUACAGGGAGACUUAAAUUGCUUAGAAAUAGAGCUAGAAUUAUUAUUGUUGAAAUGGGUCUGGAUUUACACACUAACCGUGCUUUUAUGGUUGCAAUCCAUCGUACCCAAUUAAAGACAAAUGAAUUUGUCUAUAUAAUCCCUUGGCUAGCACAUAUGCAUGACCACUACCCUUGGGAAGCUAGCAACAUUGACAAACUCGAAACAAAAAUGGCUUUUGAUGAUACCAUAGUUAUUACUGCACAUGGCUACGACAAAAAAUUUAUUGAAGAUUUUGAAUUAAAAUUUUCUAAAGUGACUGGGGUAAUUAGCAGUCAUUAUGCUACACUUUCUUAUAUGUCACUUUAUGAUGCUUUAUAUUUGUACGGAUUAGCUCUUCGAGAUGCUUAUGAUGAAACAAAAAAUGACAGUAUUUAUGUAGAUGGAUCUUUUAUUUGGAAGAAAAUGACUGCACGUCAAUUCCUUGGUUCGACUGGCCAAGUUUUAAUGAACAAUAAAGCUGUCAGGGUGCCAAGUUAUGCUACUUAUUUAACAAAAAAUGGGACAAUGCGUAUUGUUGUUGAACUUGAAGCUAGAUUAGGUGAUAAAUUGAAAUGUGCAGUGUCUGACAAUGAUUGUUCUGAACAUGUGGCCCAUGAGGUUAACAGCAAUUUCUGGCAUAGCUAUGAUGGGCAUUUACCUACUGAUAUGCCAAAAUGUGGUUUUGAUGGAAGUAUUUGUGAUUAUACAAUGCUUUAUGUUGCUAUUGGAAUUGUGCUCUUCUUCCUUAUUACAAUUCCGAUUGGCUAUCUUCUCUACAUCAAAGAAAAAGAGAGAAUGCUUUAUGAUAUGACCUGGCGUAUACCGAGAGAACAAAUUCGUCUUUUGGAAGCUCGUGCUAGGACGAGCAGAAGUGGAGGUUCGAAAUCUUUUACAAGCGAUUCUUUUACUGGAAGUGUUGAAACUGAAGUGGCUAAUAGCCGUCUUAGUGCAAAACAGGCAAAUGCUAAUGGAGUGCGUUGUGCCUAUAAAAGAUUUAGACAAACAAGAAAUAUUAGUUUUAGUAAGGAGGAAUUGUCACGUCUGAAAGAGUUGAAAAUGAUUGAAUUUGAAAAUUUAAAUAAAUUUUAUGGAAUUUCCUUCAAUCAACAAAAUGAACUAAUAAUUUUAUGGAUUCUCUGUCAGAGAGGAAGCUUAGAGGAUAUGCUGUUUAAUGAAGAAUUAAAAAUUAGUCGGAAUUUUCAAGUUUCGUUUGCCAAAGAUGUUAUUAAGGGUCUCUUUUUUAUCCACACAUCAACUUUAAAAUAUCACGGCUUUCUUUGUCUACAAAAUUGUCUCGUAGAUUCUAACUGGAAUGUUAAAUUAACUAAUUUUGUGACGGAACAAAUAAUUGGAGAAAAGCUUCGACAUAAUGAAUUAAAAUAUAUGACGGAAUCUGUAAUAAGAGCACAGAAAAAACAAAUGCAUAAAAAGGAUCAAAAAGCGGAUGAAAGGGAAGAGAAGGAACGUAUAAAGAAAAGAAAGGAUGAACGUGAGCGACGCAAGAAAGACAAGAAGGACAGUGGAGAUCAAGACAGUACGGAGGACAGUCGUACAAUCUCUGACGAGGAAUUGGAGCAAUCCAAAAAAAUUUAUGAAAAAUCGCAUUUGAAAAAAUAUAUCCAACAAGCACCAGAAAUUAUCAGAGAAUUUAUUUCUUCAAAACAUUUACCUCAAGGCUCCCCGGCUUCUGAUAUGUAUAGUCUUGGAAUGGUUUUGUAUCAAAUUUUGUUUAAAUUGGAACCCUUUUAUGAGAGAAAUAUGCAACCCAAAAAAAUUAUGGAAAGAAUUUCUCUUUCAAGUGAAAAUGAUCAAAUUAUACGUCCGACAUUCCCCAAUCAACGCAAUAUAAGUAAUGAAGAGGGAUAUAAUCUUCAGUUGCUUUCGGCAAUAGAAGCCUGUUGGCUUGAAUUACCAGAAAUGCGUCCAAAUAUCAAAAGAAUGAAAACAAUGGUUAAUUCAAAUUUAAAAUCAACGGGGAGCGGGUCUUUAGUCGACCAAAUGAUGAAAAUGAUGGAAGAAUAUACGACAAAUUUGGAACAAUUAGUUAAGGAAAGAACUCAACAAUUGGAAGAAGCACAACAACAAGCUGAUCGCCUUCUUAAAAAUAUGCUUCCAACAUCUGUCGCUGAGGACUUGAAAGCAGGACGUCCAGUCCUUCCCCAAUACUAUUCCAAUACAACAGUCCUUUUCUCUGAUAUUCGAGGCUUUACCCGUAUAGCUAGUACAUCUACUCCUAUACAAGUUGUUAGCUUCUUGAAUGAUCUUUUCUCUGGUUUUGAUGCUAUAAUUGCUAAACAUGAUGCGUAUAAAGUUGAAACUAUUGGAGAUGCUUACAUGAUCGUUUCCGGUGUUCCCCGUGAAAAUGGAAAUGCCCAUGUCCAACACAUUGCUUGUCGCCAAACAUUGGCGACUUUUGGCCAAUUUUUUACCCGAUCAUUUUUGGUUAAUUUUUUCCUUGUUCACUGUUCAUUUCUUGUCGUCCACUCUCCUUUUUUCAAACUUAUUUGCCCGCCUAAAUUCCUUUCAUUUAUUUUUGUGUCCGUUCGUACCAGCCACCCUCUGUUCUCUUACUUAUUUUUUCCUAUUGUUUUUGGACUUGGCUUCUCUGGCCGAGUCUUCUCUUCUGUUUAUUUUUCUCUAGCUACUUCGCGCAAUUUUUCAAACUUACAUUUUUUCAUUAUUUUAUUGCCAGACCCCGCCCUUAUUUGCGCCUAUUUAAGAGGUAGAUCAGCCACCCAAAUAUCCUCAUUCUUCUUCAACUUCAACAACCUUCAACUUAAAUCGCGUGUGGCUGAUCUGCUUCGCUGGCCCCUUGCUGGCCCUCAACUUGUUCGCCCUGAUUGUUUAUUGCUAUUUGGAGAAAUAAAAUUGCUUUUUGUUGGACUUGUGUGUGUUUUUUUGGGUGGUUAA